AUGACUGAGAACGCUCUCAGCGCUGAGGAUCUUGCUAAGCGUGGCCUUGACAAGCGCGAGGUGUCCUACACUGGCAGAAUCACAACGACCUUCGAUGCAGCUGCACAGCUUGUUAGCAACACCGGUGUUCACGCAUUCCAAGCCCCACGCAACCUCGGUCAACCUGGUGGUGACAUCCGUGGACCAUGCCCAGGUCUCAAUGCAGCAGCCAACCAUGGCUACAUCUCUCGUGACGGUGUGACCAACCUUCAGGAGGCUAUCGAUGGUACCGAGGCUGUGUUCAACAUGAACAAUGAUCUCUCUGGCUUCCUCUCCGCCUAUUCGGUCAUCUCGGACGGAGACCCUUUGACUCAGAAGUGGUCAAUCGGUGGGCCUCCCGGCACGUCUGGCGUCAGUGCCGUGCUUGGUGUCAAGCCUCAAGGCCUUACUGGCUCGCACAACAAGUACGAGACCGACAGUUCGCCGAUGCGUGGUGACCUCUACCAAUACAACGGUGACAAUUACCGCUUGCAGCUCUCGCAGUUCAAGGCCUUCUACAACACCAAGGCAGGAGAGGUCAACCCGAGCUACACAUUUGAUGACAUUGCAGCUUUCCGCAAAGUGCGAUUCCAACAGUCAAUCGACGAGAACCCUUACUUCUUCUAUGGUCCAUUCACUGGUAUUGCCGUCUCGCAGGCUGCUUUCACCUUCAUCCCAGCAUUCAUGUCGAACCACUCGGCUGAGCUGCCCAAUGGAUUCCUUUCGCGUGAAGUGAUGCAGUCCUUCAUGUCCGUUGUCGGAUCCCCUGACAACAACGGUGCUAACCUUCGAUACGUCGAGGGCAAUGAGCGCAUCCCGGACAACUGGUACAAGCGCGCUGCAGACGUCAAGUACUCCGUCCCGUUGUUCCUGGCUGAUGCCCUACGUGUCGGCCAGGUUGAACCUCGCAUUCUCAGCGUCGGUGGCAAUCUCGGCAAGGUCAACACGUACACUGGUGUCAAUCGUGCUGACCCUGCUGGUGGCCUUGCGAAUGCUGGUGAUCUGACACAGGGCAACAAUCUUGCCUGUUUCCUCUACCAGAACGCUCAGAUUGUUUUGCUUGAUCCUCUCAAGCAGCUUACCGGUCCUCUUCUUGCAGCUGUGAACUCGCUUGCAACCACUUACCUCAAGGUGCCUGCCGCUUGUCCUCAGAUUCAGCAAUACGACCCUUCUAUUGUUGCUCAAUUCCCAGGAUCAAAGCUUUAG